AAGGGAAGGAAGAAAGAAUUACAGAGGGCCCAAGUAACAGCAGACAGGGUUUAGUGACUUCUCAUACUGUAUAUGUUCAUGUUUUUGGUCUCAGUAGAGUGACAUGGCUGGCAGGUUCUGCGAAUGGCUAUGAAGUGAUAGUGACCGACUCCUGUCUGCUGUCACUGCUUGCACAGUAGCCUAAGGCCCUUUGGCAAAUGGCAGUUUUAGUCGUCUCUCCAUCUAGCUUCCUAUUAACAGACUUGCUUGUAGAAGGAGACUUGGUUUGUUAGGUGUCCUGCUGAAUGUGGACCUCAUCUCAGACCCGCCUCUGUUUUCUACCCAACCCCCUGGGCUACGGCCUUAUUCACAGUAAGUGCUGAGAGAUGUUCCCUGUGCUCAGGGCUUCGGCAGCCUGGCGUGCACCUUGUCUUUAUCUCUAGUAUGUGGCGGCAUAACUUUUUUUUUUUUUUUUAAAUAUCCUUUUGAAAUUAGUUCACACAACAUAAAACCCACUUGUUUCAAACAUCAAAUUCGUUGCUUUUUUAGUAUAUUGAAAACACUGUGCUGCAUUAUCAGAUGAUAAAUUUGAUCACUUUUUCUUUUUUUUUUUUUUUACAAUUCCAAAAGAGAUCUGAGACCCAUUAGCAGCUGCUGCAGCACUCCCAGACCAGCAACGCUGGCAGGUAAAUCUACCUCCUACAUCUAUGGAGUAGUGCAUUUGUUGGGUAUUCUGUGUUGGGUGAAGCCCACAAUAAACGGUUGUGGGGUCUGGCUUCUCUCAGUAGGAAAGGAUUGCAGAGUUUAUUCAUGCUUUAAGCUGCUUUCGUACUUGCUUGCUUUCAGGUACUGAUUUGAAUGUUUGUUUACCCGCUCACUAGCCAGUGGUUGUUUUUCUUUUUUUCUCCCCUGUUAUCUGCAAUGCUGGUCUAAGCAUCCUGUACAUGCCUUAAUUACUCUUAGAUAUAGCUGGGAGAGGACUGUGUGGGGUCAUGGUGCAGGUCUGCUUUAUUGAUCACUCUCCAGGUUGCUUUUCGUGGCUCCCGUUUCCGUUUAUGUUGGUAACAGAUGGAGUUGGAUUUCUUUAUACCCUAAUAGCGGUGGUUAGUGUGCCCUUUGCAUUGCAGGUGCCCUAGAAAGAGUGAGGCACUGUACUGCAGCGGCAGCUUCUGUCUACAGCAUGUUGUCUCAUAUGUCUCAUCUCUCGAGAAAUGACUUUAUUCUUCUGUCCAUUUGAAAGCGAUUGUCUUGUUAUUGAGCUGUAGAUACUUAAAUAUUCCGGAUAUAGGCCCUCUCGUUAUUUAUAGGGGUUUCAGACAUUUUCUCUCAUUUUGUGGGUUUUCUUUUUCUUUUUUUGCUGUAUUUCGGUGUUUUUGCAGCACAAGAGUUUCAGCUCUGCUUAAGGCUAGUUCCCAUGUCCUUUGUGCCUGCAGUGCCCUGUCUCAAAACUCCCUGUUUAACCUCUGUCCACCAGGGGCAGCUCUUGGGCUGCGUUCUGAGUUCUGUGGCUCCUACACCCAGGCCUAAGGGGGUUUGCUGGUUUGUUUGUUGUUGUUUUCCUUUAUUUAUUUUUAAUAAAGUUGUGAUGUGAGGUUUCAGAUGCAACUUCUUCUUCUUCUUCUUCUUCUUCUUCUUCUUCUUCUUCUUCUUCUUCUUCUUCUUCUUCUUCUCUUCUCUCUCUCUCUCUCUCUCUCUCUCUCUCUCUCUCUCUCUCUCUCUCUCGCUUUUCUGGCUGUCCUAGAACUGCCUGCUGAAAAGAACACUCUCUUCCUGUUGUUGUUUUGACACCUGUCUUAGUUCACUCAGGCUGCUGUGAUGGACAGCACAGACAGGGUGGCUGUUUAAAAGCCACACACCGGCUUUUCACAGUUCUGGAGGCUGAAAGCCUUAGAUCAUGGUACCAACUGGUCCGGUGUCUAGAGAGGCCUGCUUCCUGGGUCUUUGUAAUGUCUUUUUGCUUUCUCAAUGAGGUGGAUUGGAUGAAGAAACAUUCUGUCCCCCAUAGCCCCAUCACCUCCCAAAGGCCCCACGCUUUAAACAGUCAUCUGACGAAUAAGCUUUGGCCGUUUGCCUUCUGGGAAGUAUAAACAUUCGAUACAUGUUGUCUUUGAUAUCCUGUUUUUGGCUCUUGGUUUUUAUCACACAGAUCUCUAUGACCUAUGUAAUGGCAAGCAGUUUGGUUUUUCUUCUGUGAUUAAAAAUCUUAGGGCAUGUGGGGACGAUGGUAUACAAGUUCAGAGGCCAGUCUGCUUGGAUCUAAUUUCAGUUAGUAACUGACUUGGAGCAAGUUGUUCAACUUCUGCGGCCUGAGGUCCUCACCCUGAAGAGCAAAUAUCUUUGAAACUGAUAUGGGGAAUGUAUGAAGAACAUAUGGAUUAAUACACGUUCCUGUUUGACUUUGGUCCUGUGAGGUUUUUAUACCUACACCAUGGACACCACAAUGGAGACUGCAAAAGUCCUAGCUAGAGAAGAGGGCAAAGGAAGAACUGUUAAAAGCCUGCUCUACUUGCAGAGCCUCUGUGCUUCUUAUCUUAGUGAUGGCAUCUAUGGUCUUACUACUUGACGCCGGAGUGUUGACAGAGCCUCUUCUGAAGCCUCUAAGGUUGCUCUCAUCUCCAAGAUGGUCCUUUUGAACUCCAACAGCAUCCUGCCCCUCCACCCUGCCCCUGCAUCCUGCCCGUGCAUCCCUAGGAUAACUCUAGUGAUUAGGACACUGUUGUGACUUACUUGGCUGUACUUGGAUACACAUGCACAAACUAAUGUGCUCACCUGGGCACCCAGGCACUGCUUCGGAGGGUCACAUGACUCUGGGUCUAGACAGGACACCAGGUAAAUCUGCUGUGCCCACAGUUAUGCCACCAUGAUGGGAGAUCUGGGAAUACAUCCCUUCCCCUCGUUUGUCUCUCCUUUGCUCUAUAAAAUAAGGAACUUGUUAGCUAUUCUCCAGGGGGCUCUGUGACUUUAAAUUUCAGUGUGCCUAUAAAUAUGACUAAGUGAUUUCACAACUAUAUUUAAAACUACAAGAGCAGACUAAAGGGUGGGAAAAGCUAUGAUUCUCCUGUUGGAGUCACAGUUGGAACUGAGUUUCAAGAAGUGUGGUGAGUUAUAGAAUAUGCAAACGCCAUUGAUAAGGGGCUGAUAACGAAUGUUUGUCACUGUGAAACUACUUCACAGUGGGAUGAGAUCUCAUAAAGUAUACCUAUGUAAAAAUGGGUUUGGGGUGAAGGGUCUGAGGACUUCAUCAGUAGCCUUCUGGAAGACAGUUACUGAGGUGUGCUGCAUUGGGUAUAGACUACCACAGGGGUCUUUAUAGCUCUCAUCUGUUAAAUAACUCAGUUUUUUAAAAUGAAUUGUGAGAAGUAUUAAUAUGUAACCAUCGAAAAUGAAAGUGUCCCUAUAGCUUUAGUGCCUUGAAAGUCACAGACUUUGGUGUCCUCAUCCAGGGAUUUUCUUCUGGGGCUCGCUCCAGAGGGUUUCCUUAACCGAGGCACCUCAGUGAGUGAGUGUGUGGCCAGCAAACAGUGUUUGAAUGGCUUUUUGUAAACACCCUUUUUAGCUCCUCGUGGAGAGAAAACUUAGUUUUCCUUUCCUUCUUUGUAAGAAAAUCAAAUUUGUAGGUUUUUUUUCUGGUUGUCUAAAUAUUCUUUAGUUUAUAAAGAUCAGCUAUGCAGAAAAAGAAAAUACUCUCUACCACUACAAAAUAGCCACAAGAGGUAGUUUUCAAGAUUUAAUUUCUGAAUAAUAAUAAAAAACCCCACAGGCACACAUAUGAGUGUAGAUGUGUGUGCACAUACACACAUAAACACAAACAUAUGAAUAGAGAUAUGUGUACACAGAGGCACAUGUAUAAAUAUGAGUGCAAAACACAUGAAUGGUGAUAUGUGUAUUCAGAGACAAAUACAUAAACAUGAGCAGAAGUACAGACAUAUGUACACAGAGACCUAUGCAUAAACCUCAGUGCAAGAACACACAAACACAGAUGCAUGUAAACAGAAACAUAUACACAAACAAUAUGAAUAUACACACGUGCACAUAGACCCAUACAUGCAUAAACACUGACAUAAUCUAUGUGAGUGCAGGCAUGUAUAUAAACAUAGCCACAUGCCUGCACAAACACUGGCAUAGCCUACAUGAAUAUAGACAUGUGCAUGACACAUGAAUGUAGACUAAACAUAGAUACAUGCAUGCAUAAAGACUGGCAUACAGCCCACAUGAAUGUAGACACAGACACAAAAAAAUUUCACAUAGAAAUGUGCACAUAGAAAUAUGACCAUGUACAUGCAAAUUCAGAAAUGGAUAUGCUCUUCCAUGCAUGAACACAGAUAUGUGCACAUUGAGUUCAGUUCUACAAAUAGACACAUGAACACAUACAUGACUGUUGACCUACAAAUCCAUAUGUCUAUUCAUUUCAGAGAACAAAGAAGCUAAUGGUGUGAGUACAGUUUCAAACAGCUUCUAAAAACUAAUCUUAACUUAUAAACACAGAAGUGCCAUUGCUCAUGUUCUUACUCUACAUGAAGUUAAUGGUUAUAUGGUGUUCCAUGAACAUGAGAUAGCUUUUUAAAACCAAACCUCUUAAUAUUCAGGUUGUUUGCAGUUUACUCCUUACAUCCAUGAUUUUCAACCCUCCUAAUGUUGCUACCUUUUAAUAUAGUUCCUCAUGCUGUGGAGAUUCCCAACCAUAAAAUUAUUUUAUUUGCUACCUCAUAAAUGUAACUUUGCUGCUGUUAUGAAUCAUUACAUAAGUGCCUGUUUGGGGAUCACGAACCACACGUUGAGAACUGCUGCCUUACAUUGUCUUCAGGGACUUUGGUGUUGAGCCAGCUCACUGUCAGGACUUUGUCUGGAUAUCUGUGGUGGGAUGGAGUGAGUUUGUGUUUUCUCUGUUCCCUGGUGGUAUCUGUGUGGGGAGCCUAUGAAGAGACACAGUGAAGCGACAUCAGGCAUGCUCAGUGCUCUGUGGAUUCCGGACCUCUGUGGGGACAUCAUACAGCAGUGCCUUCCGGGGCCAGGCUUCUGCUGCUGGGUUCCUUACAGGGCCAUUCUUCCUUUCAGCAUCCAGAGGAAGGAGAACUCAGCCCAUCCCGCCCAUCCCAAGCCUCCCUGGGGUGGGGCUGUCCCAUCAGUUCUGGGUGGUGUCUGCAGCCAUGUCCUCUCAGUAGGACACUACAACCCUUUCCUUACCUUCCUCGGUUGUUUCCUUUUUCUUUUCUCCAAAUCUAAGACUUAUUUUUCAUAAGGGACCACAUCAGGUGCCAUCAGUAUUCACAGUUAAAUGAGCUGCAACCCCCAACCUAGAACACAGUGAGAGAGAAAUAGCGUUAUAGGUCAUUUUAAUGCAAGGCAGGCAGCACUGUGACGGGACAUGUUUGCCCAGAGAUUUAGGAAAGGGAACAGGAAAGGAAGGACAGUGAUGUUUUGAGUAAAUUUUACAUUGUAGGCAUUGUGUGGCAGAGUCCAUUGUGACUGACUGUCCCCGGAUCCAGGCAGAGAGAGCAUUCUGACUUAGACUUGAAGGAUGAAAGCAUGAAAGAAGACUACACGGGCAUUUCCUGCCCUUUUGUGACUGACCUGGCAAUUUGAAUGAUUUACCUAGGUAACCACAGGGAGGACUCUUAGGACUUGUUAUCUACAGUGGGCUUGCUUAUAAAUGAGCUAUAAGGCUUGUUCCAGAGGCUGUUAGACUUCUGAAAACACCUAGAACACACUGGACAAUAGCAGAGCCUGUUAGGAGGCCAGGACUGGUUAUAAUGAAUGCACAGUCGUGAUGUUCAGACUCAUUUUCCUUCCCCCAAGUGCCUGCUUAUUCAGAAACCAAGCAAUGAGCAGGUUAAACACAUAUAGGAAUCUAUCAAGAUCAAUUUAACAGUGGUCCUAAUUAACCUGUUUCCUAACCGUUCGUAUCAUUGUCAAGGUAAUUGAUGUUCACACCUACACUUGAAUAAUAAGCACCUAUAUUUACAAACAAGAAAACAUGAAAUUCUUUCUAUGUUAAAAUGAUACUGUGUGCUUUUUAAUUCGGAGUGGCAGGAAAGAGUCAUGGUAGGAAUGGAUGCCAUGGAGCCCGAUGUACUGAGUUGUAUCUGGAACUGUGUCUCCUUGCAGUCAGGCAGAUCCACUUGGGCAAAUUGUGACUGUUUGAUUUCUUCGGGUUUCUAGUAUGUAAGUGCCUUCACCAUCAAAUUGCUGUGAACUGAGGCUUAGGGUAACAGGCAAUAAAGGAUUUCAUACAAGCUCAAACUAAGGGAGUCACGAACUCAGAAGGAAGCCAGGCUCCCCAGACAGAGAAUCUGGGUGGAAGAGGAGAUCCACUAAACCUUGUUCUGGUCUCGGGCAGCCUGGAGCCUUUGAGGGCAGUCACACAGGAAGUGGGAAAGCUUUAUGUAACCCUUGGAGAGAAAGGAUCAAGAAUCAUGGUUUUGUCUUGGAAAAUCAGGAAGUGGAGACUCGAUAGCCAUAGGAAUUUGGUGGCUAUGUAUGGUGUUAAGAAACAAUAUAUAGUUCCUGGGUGUGAUUGUCAAGAAGCAUACAUAGUCUCACAGCCUCAAAUGUUGGAUACUAGCAGCAUGUUGCCAUAGCAACAAAGCAAGUAGCUAGAGCAGGAUAGUAAGCAGCAAAAAAAAAAAAAAAAAAAAAAAAAAAAAUCAUUAUAAUACUUAAGAACCCAAACUUUAAUAUUUCAUUUCUGUUAUAAUCACCACGACUUUUUUUUUUUGACCAAAGCAAUUGAGUUUGUUUUUCAAAAGAAGGAAGUUUUUGUUUUUGUUUUUGUUUUUUUUGAGGAAUUUUAAUUUUGGAGGCAUUUUUAUGGAAUGAGCUGUGUGGUAAGUUCAUCAGCAAAUUUGCCCUGACUCUUGAUUAUUCUGUUCAUUUAACAUUAGUUACUGCCUGGAUCUCUCCACACUCAAAGGGCUGAAAAUGUAGCCCAAGAUGAGCAUCACCAUUUCCUGGAGAACUGAAUUAUUGGUGCACAUUUUGUUUUCUGGACUGGGGUAGGCAUAUAUUAAACACAUUUAUACCCACAAAUCUGUGCAUGGAUGUUUGAACCAUGUGUUCAAACCCAGGAUUUUUUUUUAGAAAGUUUUACUGUUUUAAAGUCUGUAUUAAAUGAGUUGUCUCAGACUGUUAUGAGAAUAUAUUAUAGUUCUACAAGGUUUUGUAUAUUCCAUGGAUUUCUUUAUUAAUAUAUAAUUAAAUAAAACAUACUUAUCAUCUUUCAUUCCUCUCUCCCUCUUUUGCACUGAAAUAAUUGGAUAAUCGUUGACUGUUUAAGUUAAGUUAAAAAAAAAAAAGCACUGUUCUCAGCAGAAAUGAAGAUGGUUAGGAAUAUUUGGAUUUUCGGUGUUUGAAGUAUUGCUGUUCUUGUACUGCAUUGCUGAAGUUUAAAAAACUUUUCUAGGCACUGAGAGUGAGCUACUUCUAAAUAACCAAGUGACAAAGGAAAAACAUAACUUCCCUAGACUUUCUAUUAUCAAAUGUUUUCAUUAAUGCUUUUAUUUGCUUUAGUAAAAGCAGCAGAAGAAAAUAAUCACAGCCUUCUUACUUAUCCAGUAACACACAACAAUAGUCUCUCCUCACUGAACAGUAAUGCACAGACAAAAUUAAAUAGAGGUUGCUCCUAUAGCAACAGAUGUUAAGGGUAUACACGGAAAAUGUUACUUGUGCUAUGAUGAACAUUUCAGAUGUUUACAAGUAUUGAUCUUCCCCAAAGCAUUGGGCUAAGAAUUAACCUCAUGCAACGGACAUUUUAGGUAAAACCAGAUGAUCACAGCUUGUGUUAUUUAACCACAGGAUGCAUUUUUAGAACACACAGCAGAGUUGGGUUCAUUAAGAAUUUUAUCUUCAACUUGUCAAACUGGCAAACUGAUUGCAUUUUCUCCUUAACUUGGGACAGUAACUUGGAAACAUUCAAUGGCUUCCUGGUGUUUUUGGUCUUCAGAUGAGGGGAACAGCAAUUGUAUGUCUAUCGUAUAAAAGAAUGUUUGGAAAGGUACCAUGAGGUCAUCUUAGCAGGCUCUGGGUGAUGUGAAAUGCAGGAAGCAUAUGUCCUGGGGGGACCAUGUUAGUUGGUACCCCCAAAUCUAGUCUCUGCCAGGAAUGACCAUCCUAGUCAGGGUAGCUCUCUGUCAUAUACUGAAUAAUUCUGAACAGCACUAGAGAACACAAACAGCUAUAAACCUGUCCAUGCUUUUCCCAGUUAUGAUUUUCACCCAGUAGCAUUUCAAGUGUUUGUAUAUGGAGUACUUUUGUAGAAGGCCUGACUUUUGUAGAAGACUACGCCUCUCACAGUGCCCUGGCCUUUGUAGAAGACCAGGCCUCUCGCCAUGUCUGUGAUUUUACCUGUGUGUUUUUCUACUUCUCAAGCCUUUGCCAUUUCUGUCCAGGAGGUUGAGUUUUGUGUCUCCCAUGCUUCGUUUCAGGUUCUUUGUAUUAUUUCUUUUCACUUUCUUAGUUUACUCACUAAUUUUUUUUUUGGUCUUAAUUUUAGGGCUUUUAGAAGUUUGAAUCUACAAUUCAAGGAGCCAUUUGUCUUCUCUUUUGGUUAAAUAAGAUUGCAGAAGGAUGAGAGAAGGUUUAUAUAUUUCUAAACCAACAGAAUAUUAGACCUGACUUUCAGAUCACGUGCCUUGUAGGCCAAAGCUGGGUCAAGGUGGGUUGGGCUGUGGUUGAUAUACCAGAGGAAUCCCACUUCCGCUGUGCCUUAGGCUGUACCUUCUGGCCAGGGCAAGCUGGGUGUUAAGUUUGUUUUUGCCAGAUAGUAGCUCCACAAGUGGCAAUUCCCCCCACAGGGCUCUGGUAUUCCCCUUGCAGAAGAAGAAAAUUGCCCAUGUCAGAGCAGGCGAGUAAAUGUGAAUAUGUUCCUGAAUUUUCAAGAGCAUUGAACAACCAGGGCGAUAAAUAAAUUCUAAGCCCACUAUGAACCUUCUUUCACUUUCUCUGAGUCGAAACUGUAACUACCUUUGAGGAAGUUGAAGAGACAUGGCAUUUGGUAAUCCUAAGGACUUAUGGAGUCACACCAUCGGGUUGAAAAGUCUACCUUAAAUUGUCCAUUUUACUCUAGGAAACUACCUGGCAGCUGUAGAUAACUAUCUUUGUGAAAUUUUAUGCUCAGAACCCGUGAAAGUCCUUAAUAUGAGAAUAAAUUUGACACCAGGACUCUCACAGUCCUCGUUGUAUAGGCAUGAAGUUAAGAUGAUCCAAGUAGCCAUUGCUGUUAAUAUAGGUGACCACAAAACACAAAUAAAUUAAAAUGUGCUCACUCUAAUACUCACAGUUAAAGUUGGUAUUUAGGAAAUGUAUGCUAACCAGAUAUUCAAAUGCUGCAGUAUCUCCAAGUUCACUGUAUUAUUAUUUAUUAUCGUUUGUAAACAAGGGGAUCAAUCUUAAUUGUUUAAUCACCCCCUUCUCCUUCACAUUUAAAUGGCAUUACCCUAAGAGCUGUGUGGUUGAUUUAUUGUUUGUAAUUCACUGGUUAUGUUCUGUCUUGAUUUCUCCUAUCUGUUUCUGAAGAAGAUUAGGAAUCUCCAUCCUGCAUAUCCAUGCUGGCCUUCCAGCCAUGUAAACAGGGACCAGGCAAACCAGAUCCUCUGGGGGUGAUUUGCUGCAAGUGAGAUUUAUUUGCAAGCAGCCUGUGGCCUUUUAUCUCUGAAAAUUGUGAAAAUGUUCAUUGAUACCAACAAGACAGGGUAAAAUGUAUUACCAGAAAAAACCAAAAGGCAGCUAAUCUUUAAUUUAAUGUAGCAAAACCAAAGCUACGGAAAUAAGGAAGGUGUUGACAUUCCGACUCUGUUGUGGACCAGUUUGUAAAUCCUUCAUUCUGGAUUAGGAACCACCAGACACCAGCGGUUGCAUAAAACAUGAGCGCAUGGGCUUUCCUUUCCUUGUGGUUCUGUGUGAGCCUGUGAUCUUGAAGUCUAUUGAGGGCGAGCUUCAGGGAACUCAGUGGUCCUGAGGCUAGAUGUUUUGUACCCUUACUCAGCCUCACAAUGCCUUGCACAGGAGGUGGUUGUCUCUUGAUCUAAUUUACUAGCAGUGGGUGUUGUUUUUGUAUUUUUGUCUUUCCUCCUGGGGAUAAGAAAUUAAUAUGGGUGCUUAACAAGGAGGUUGUCACCUGGGCUGAGCUGCAAGAAAUGGCUGCAUCCUUGAUGACCCCUGCCCUGCCCGAAUGCCACAGCAGUCUACAUUAAGCUUCAUCCAGCUCCAGAACUCACUCUGGGUGGUGAAAUCCAUCCAUGGAAUACUGAGAAUAGCUUUGUGCAGCCAUGAACAGUGAUUUCCAAAUCAGCCUUGAAUGAAAUAUCAACAACCUGGAGUCAUUUUAGCAGUGGGAGUCAGGUCAGCAAAGGACGGAAAGGAGGUUGACUUGGGUGGUCAUACUGACCUCUUAAAGUUCGCUGACAACCGAUUUCAGUCAGCAACUCAAGUUGGCAGUUUUACUAAAGCUCUUCCGUGGAUGAGCUUGUCCAUCUAUGGUUGUUUUGAGUCAAUCUGAGGGAGACCAUGACUCCUUGGUGAUAGUUAAGCAUUUAUCUGACUACCGCUUUAGAAAUCAAGGAUCCUAUCUGGUGGGGCUCUGUGCAGAUUUCCUAAGAGCUUUGUCAGUUUCCCUGACAGAAACAAGCACUCACGUCUGCUUCAAAAGAGAUGGUGAGAAACUGCCGUCGGGAAAACAUGGAAGGUUCUGGCAAAUCUUUAUUCAGUAUUUAAUGAUUAGAGCUGGACUAGAUGCCGAGUGAGAAAGAGAGUGUUUGUCUGAGAAGAUGUGGGCAGAGCUCCUAUUAGAGACAAGUGACAGAUGUCUCAGAAUUCCCAACCAUGCCAGCAUUGGUGAGUUCAUAGACACCUGGCUCUGUCAUACAGAAAUCCAACCCUGGCAGUACCACAGCUCUUCCCAGCUGUGUUUUGCUGAUCCUACAUAAGUCAGGUGCCUCCAGCCACCCUGGUUACGAUGGUAUCCUUCUCUCUAGGAUAACCCAACUGUUUACCAGGCCUGGUGUGCCGCUGGCCACGCUGGUCUCUGUUUUCUGUAUGAGAUAGGACUGUGUAUUGGACAGGAGCAUAUUAGUUCUAGAGCCACUUCUGAUCCAGAUGGCUCAGUUGUGGUUUGGUUCCUCCCUCUGUGAAAUAAGGUACAAGUCCCUUAUAGUACUGUCCCUUAGGCUCUCAGGAGGCAGAUGAGCAAAGCACAUGGUCCUGGGGAACCCUUAGUACAAGGGUUUUCCUCUUCCUCCUGGUUGGACUUCAUUUUCCUCCUGGUUGGAUGUUCUUCUCCCUCCUGGUUGGAUGUUCCUCUUUCUUCUGGUUGGAUGUUCCUCUUCCUCCUGGUUGGACUUCCUUUUCCUCCUGGUUGGAUGUUCCUCUUUCUUCUGGUUGGAUGUUCCUCUUCCUCCUGGUUGGACUUCCUUUUCCUCCUGGUUGGAUGUUCCUCUUUCUUCUGGUUGGAUGUUCCUCUUCCUCCUGGUUGGAUGUUCCUCUUCCUCCUGGUUGGACUUCCUUUUCCUCCUGGUUGAAUGUUCUUCUCCCUCCUGGUUGAAUGUUCUUCUCCCUCCUGGUUGGAUGUUCUUCUCCCUCCUGAUUGGAUUUUUCUAUUCCUCCUGGUUGGAUGUUCCUCUUCCUCCUGGCUGGAUUUUCCUCUUCCUCUUGGUUGGAUGUUCUUCUCCCUCCUGGUUGGAUUUUCUUCCUCUUCCUCCUGGCUGGAUUUUCUUCUCCCUCCUGGUUGGAUUUUCCUCUUCCUCCUGGCUGGAUUUUCCUCUUCCUUCUGGUUGGAUUUUCCUCUUCCUCUAGGUUGGACCUUCCUCUUUCUUUCUUCUGGUGAAUUUACUAGGUUUGCUCUGAUCUAGUCUGUCUUCUGUUCCCACCACUUGGCAGAAAACCUGGUGAAUGUGAAGCCAGCAGUGCUGUAUCCUGUUUCCUCACCAAAUCCCACCAUACAGUGGCAUCCUUACCCCAUGUGCCUCCCAGGGUACUUCUUGUUCUAGGCCUCACUCACCUGUGUCAACUUUACCCCAGGCUGUACCCUUUCAUCCCUGGGUACAGCCUGGAGUAAAGUCAUUACAUCAGGUGCCUCUACUCUACUUAUUCAUUACUCCAAGGCCCACUCUCCAUUGUCAUUCUUAACCCAGACUCCACUCUUCCAUGUAAGCAUUAUUUCAGGUCUCACUCUGUAUUUCUUUUUUUUUUAAUAUUUAUUUUAUUUAUAUGAGCACACUGUAGCUGUCUUCCCACACACCAGAAAAGGGCACCAGAUCUCAUUCUAGAUAGUUGUGAGCCACCAUGUGGUUGCUGGGAAUUGAACUCAAGACCUCUGGAAGACCAGUAAGUGCUCUUAACCACUGAGCCAUCUCUCCAGCCUUUGAUCUUGUAUUUCAUUAUAACUUCAGCUCCUUCUCCCACUUCAUCAUUACCUCAGGCCCCACCCUUCCACUUCAAUAUUAUCUGGGGGUCCUUUCUACUUAUGGAAACUGUAGUGGGUGGAUUCAUUAACCAUGGAUUCUGGGCAAUGAUACAACACCAGAAGAAGGUAAAGCAGAAAUGUACUCCAUUAGUAAGCAGGGGAGAGGGACAUAGCAUUAGCUAUCAUUUUUUUUUUUUUGGACUUUGAGUCAGUUGUUUUAAUGACUGGAGACUCUACUUCUGUGGUCUUCAAUGAACUAGGAAACAUCUAGAGAGCAAGGAGCCACUGAUAAGACAUUUUAGUGAACAAAGUGUAGAUCCCAGAUCUGAGUCCCGCUUGCAUCAUUUCUCUGUGGUAUCAUUAUGAGAUACUCCAGAGCCUGAUAUGGACUGCUGAGUGAUUAGCAGGGAGUAGUGCCAGUAGCCUGGUGACCAAGACAGGAGGUACUAAUUCUCUCUUGGCUCUGGAGGCCAGACUCUGAACGUGAGGUACAAGCUGAGGGAAUGGUUCAUUCUGUAGUUUCUAGGGGUCCAUUCCACGCCUCUUUACACAACCUGGUGGUGACUGGAGAUCCUGGUGUUCUUUGGCUAUAGAACCAUCAGUCUAGUUAAUUUGCCUGUCUUCACGUUGAUGUCAGUGUCCUGGGAUGCUUGUCAUUGGUCUUCCCUAAUUAGAGAGUGAUCUCAUCUCAAGGUCCAUAAUUAUGUCUACAAAGACUUAUUUCCAAUAAUAUGGUAUUCUGAGGACCCAAGUGGACAUAGCUUUGCAGGGUGGGCGUGGAGGAAGGCAUUUAACCUACUCCAGUGGUGAAGGCAACCUCCUUGCUGAGCACAUCCUAUUGCAGGAGCUUACUUUCCUGAAAGAGGUCUUCAGUGUCCACUGAGAGGAAGCAUAUGUAUGUAUAGUUAGUUAUUCCUUCCAGUAACCUGCUGUGUUGAUGGGGCAGACUGAAGAAGAUCUGUAUUGGUUUACUGGGUUUUUUUAAAAAAAUAUUUAAUUAUUUAUUUUAUGUAUAUGAGUACAUUGUAGCUGUCUUCAGAUGCACCAGAAGAGGACAUCAGAUCCCAUCACAGCUGGCUGUGAGCCACCAUGUGGUUGCUGGGAAUUGAAUUCAGGACCUCUCCAAGAGCAGUUGGUGCUCUUUAACUGCUGGGUUAUUUCUCCAGCCCAGAUUUACUGUACGCAUAUCAUGAAUAUUAAAGCAAGGUUUUGCUGUGGCUACUCCUUUACACUGAGUAACCUCAACACAGAUUCCCCACUGGGGUCCGGAAGCACAUUCCCUCAGACCAGUAGCAGCACACUAUAAACUUUGCAGCUUAAAUGGUUGAGCCACAACGUACUUUAAAGGAGUAUGUUAGUCUAAUUUGGUCCAAACAUAGUGUGUCCUGUCCUAAGCCAGUACUAUGAAUAGUGAAUUGUCUAGCAGAAACCCUGCCUUUUCCAAGUGAGCUGUCAGGCCACUGGAGUAAUUCAGGGAGAUCCAGGGAGGUUUUUCUAGGACAGUAUUUCUGAAUGUCUCCUGCAGUAUUUGCACAGUGGCCAGGCUCAAUGGCUAUUCUCUUAUCCUUGGUCAUCACCAGCCACUGUCUCUGUAGACAUGUCGGUGGAGGAAUCCAAAGCUCUAAUAAACCCAAGCUCUUUGGUUAUUCUGCAUGUGCUUUUAGAGAAAGUUACUUUGCUAUUAUGAGGUUUUAGGCAUAGUCCUUUGGCCAUCCACUGGGCACAUAAGGUUCUCAUUAUCUUUACCAGAUCACACCCUUAACUCUACUAGGAUUCUUGUGUGUAAUGUUUGCCUCCUCGGGUGGAGUUUCUGUACUUCAAACAUAAGUGAUCAGGUUAUUUUCUACCAGGACACCUGCAACUGAAGCAGGUGUAAGGAUGUGUAGAUGCCAGCGGUCUCUGGUCUGCCCUCCCAUUCCCCCUCCUGCUUACAGUUGGUUCUUAGCCCAGUCCGGUAUACUGAAAGAUUGGAGUGGAAGGCUUGCCUCUUUCCCCUGCAACUUCUCAGAUGCCAGGGCGCUUGGAAUCUUCAGCAUGAGUUGCUCGUGUAGACGGGCCUCUCCGAACACCCUGCCCACUCACUUUUAUGAAGACCUGUGUCGUCAGCUCUGUGACGCUUCGUAGGAAGUUGCCCAUUUAUGGCUACUAGAGCAAAUGAUAUCAUCACAAUAGGUGGCUCCUGUCUAAAUAGGGAUCGUUUGUGAAAUGAGAUUAUAGGCAUUUAUCUGAAAGAGCAAGAGACAGAGCACCUGCUCUCCGUAAUUGCUGUCCCGGGGGACAGCACUGUGCUCUAAUCAAGGCGUCCAUCUCCAUGGCUAAUUUUGUUACCAGCAGAGAGCUUGCGUUUAGCGCUCAGUGCCAGGCAGCCCCCAUAUCCACAUGGAAUCCACUCCAGAUCCAUGUUUUCUAUUACGCUUGAAUAUAUGGGACAUGCAUAGGGAUCCUAUGCCCGCCACCGUGCUGCAGUGUGCCUGUUUUGCAGAGUACCGUGGAUGCCUAGUCCAAGCCGAGGCUGACUGGAGCUGUGACCACUCACUUGGUCACCCUGGCCUCCUCCUUCCUUUGCAGCGAGGUUGAAGUGCCUCUGCGUGCAUAGCUUCCCAUCUGCUGUGGAGCUGCCUUGCACUUCACAUUCGGAUGCUGCAAGGCGUGCAGCAGGAGUCUCGCUUCGGGAGCACUGUAGUGGGACCCUAACUUCCCAUUUCCCAAAGGACAUGUGUAGAAGGUCGGGCCUGCCCCAUGGAGCUGAGGCUGACUAAGCUCAAAGGUAACUUUCACGGAUUGACUCUGUUCAAAGAGUCUCAGUGCACCCUUUGUGGAGAGCCAGAAGAGGAGGAAGGAGGAGACUUGGCCCAGCCGGGCCUCAGCUUCCCGGGUCCAGCAGAAGAGGACAUAGACCAGCAGUACUCAUGGUCUCCAACGCAGCACUUCAAUGAAGAGAGGUACUCACCCGCACCCAGGAACAUGAAAGGGUUAACCGGAAGCCGGAACCAGCCUCAGCUGUGUGCGGGUCACACCUGUGGCCUGUCACCCCCUGAUGACUGCGAGCACCCCCAUGAUCACAUGCAUCAUGGGUCAGAUGUGCGGCAGCCUUAUCUCCUUAGCCCAGCUGAGAGCUGCCCAAUGGACCACCACCGUUGCUCGCCCAGGAGCUCCGUCCACUCAGAGUGCAUGAUGAUGCCUGUGAUGUUGGGUGACCACGUAUCCAGUAGCACCUUCCCUAGAAUGCACUACAGCUCACACUAUGACACAAGGGAUGAUUGCGCCAUGUCCCACACAAGUACAAAGGUAAACCGCAUCCCCGCCAACCUCUUAGACCAGUUUGAGAAACAGCUCCCCCUGCACCGGGAUGGUUUCCACACACUGCAGUACCAGAGGGCCUCGGCUGCCACGGAACAGCGGAAUGAGAGUCCAGGCAGAAUCCGGCAUUUGGUCCACUCCGUUCAGAAACUUUUCACCAAGUCUCAUUCUUUGGAGGGAUCGUCCAAGAGCAACAUCAAUGGGACCAAGAGUGACAGUCGUGUGGAUGACCACCACCAGAGUCACCUUUCCAAACACAGCAAAAGGAGUAAAAGCAAGGAGCGGAAGCCAGAGAGCAAGCACAAGUCUGGUAUGAGCAGCUGGUGGAGUUCUGACGACAACCUGGACAGUGACAGCACAUACCGGACACCCAGCGUGGCGCACCGCCACCACAUGGACCACAUUCCCCACUGCUACCCUGAGGCGCUGCAGAGCCCAUUUGGGGACCUCUCACUAAAGACUUCCAAAAGCAACAACGAUGUUAAGUGCUCAGCCUGUGAAGGCUUGGCCCUCACGCCAGACACCAGGUACAUGAAACGUAGCUCCUGGUCCACGCUCACGGUGAGCCAGGCUAAGGAGGCCUACCGCAAGAGCUCCCUGAACUUGGACAAGCCCCUGGUCCACCCAGAGAUCAAGCCUUCCCUGCGGCCAUGCCACUACCUCCAGGUGCCUCAGGACGAUUGGGGUGCGUACCCCACAGGCGGCAAAGAGGAGGAGAUACCCUGCCGUAGGAUGAGGAGCGGCAGCUACAUAAAAGCCAUGGGUGACGAGGAGAGUGGGGAGUCAGACUCCAGCCCCAAAACAUCCCCGACGGUGGCCAUCCGGCCGGAGCCGCUGCUGAAGCCCAUCAUACAAAGACCACUUGGAGACCACCAAACCCAGAGCUACCUACAAGCUGCCACUGAGGUGCCUGUCGGUCACAGCCUGAACCCAUCAAUCAACUACAACUCUCCGAAGUUCCGGUCCAGAAACCAGAGCUACAUGCGGGCUGUGAGCACCCUGAGCCAGGCCAGCUGUGUGAGCCAGAUGAGUGAAGCGGAAGUUAACGGGCAGUUCGAGUCUGUAUGUGAAUCUGUCUUCAGUGAAGUUGAAUCUCAGGCCAUGGAUGCUCUUGACCUUCCUGGGUGUUUCCGAACAAGGAGUCACAGUUACCUUCGAGCCAUCCAAGCUGGUUACUCCCAAGACGAUGAAUGUAUUCCCGUGAUGACAUCAUCCAACAUGACGUCAACCAUCAGGUCAACAGCAGCUGUCUCCUACACAAAUUACAAGAAGACGCCUCCCCCGGUGCCUCCACGGACCACCUCCAAGCCUCUGAUCUCUGUGACGGCCCAGAGCAGCACGGAAUCGACACAGGAUGCCUACCAGGACAGCCGUGCCCAGAGGAUGUCCCCCUGGCCCCAAGAUAGCCGUGGCGGCCUCUACAACUCCAUGGACAGUCUAGACAGCAACAAGGCCAUGAAUUUGGCUCUGGAAACAGCUGCAGCCCAGCGCCACGCGGCGGACACCCAGAGCAGCUCCACACGGAGCAUCGACAAGGCGGUCCUGGCAUCCAAGGCUGAAGAGCUCCUGAAAAGUCGCUGCUCCUCCAUCGGGGUCCAGGAUUCUGAAUUCCCCGAUCAUCAACCCUACCCAAGGUCAGAUGUAGAAACAGCCACGGAUUCCGACACGGAGAGCAGAGGCCUAAGGGAGUACCACUCUGUUGGUGUGCAAGUAGAAGACGAAAAACGGCACGGCCGUUUCAAGCGUUCCAACAGCGUCACAGCCGCUGUGCAGGCUGACUUAGAGCUGGAGGGUUUCCCUGGGCAUGUCAGCAUGGAGGACAAGGGCCUGCAGUUCGGAUCCUCCUUCCAACGACAUUCGGAGCCCAGUACCCCGACCCAGUAUGGGGCACUGAGGACUGUGCGGACGCAGGGCCUCUUCAGUUACAGGGAGGACUACAGGACACAGGUGGACACUUCUACUCUGCCACCACCGGAUCCCUGGCUGGAGCCAUCCCUGGACACGGUGGAGACCGGGAGGAUGUCUCCGUGCCGGAGAGAUGGCUCGUGGUUUCUGAAACUGCUGCACACGGAGACGAAGAGGAUGGAAGGCUGGUGCAAAGAGAUGGAGAGAGAAGCAGAGGAGAAUGACCUCUUGGAAGACAUUCUAGGAAAGAUCAGGAGUGCUGUAGGAAGUGCUCAGCUGCUCAUGUCCCAGAAGUUCCAGCAGUUUUACUGGCUUUGUCAGCAGAACAUGGACCCCAGCGCCAUGCCAAGACCCACCUCACAGGAUCUAGCUGGCUAUUGGGAUAUGCUGCAGCUGUCUGUGGAAGAUGUCAGCAUGAAGUUUGACGAGCUGCACCAGCUGAAGCUCAAUGACUGGAAGAUAAUAGAGUCACCCGAAAGAAAGGAAGAAAGGAAGAUCCCCCCUCCAAUACCAAAGAAGCCCCCCAAGGGGAAAUUCCCCAUCACGAGGGAAAAGUCCUUGGACCUGCCAGACAGACAGCGCCAGGAAGCCCGGCGCCGGCUCAUGGCAGCCAAGAGAGCCGCCUCGUUCCGCCAGAACUCUGCUACGGAGAGGGCAGACAGCAUCGAGAUCUACAUCCCUGAGGCCCAGACGCGGCUCUGAGGACCAGAGGUGGCCACACGCGCCUGGUUUUGUUCUUUUUCACAAAAUGCUUGUACAGUUUAUUGCCUACCCGGUAGUUUCUGUCUCACCCUCCACCGGAUUCGCCCUUGCCGUGUUCUCUGCACUGUGGACAGUGGACGGAUGCUCCAAUUCCUAGUUUGCCGAGUUCAUAGCAAGAUGACUCUGAAGGACAUCGGCUCCGAGGAAAAGGCUUGGUGAGCCCUGACUUACGUCCCUGUUCUCAGAGGGCUGCCAAGUGGCCUCUUGAGAUGGACCCUAGCUUUCACUUUGUUAUUUAUAUUUUUAUAAAUUGUGUGAUAACUAGAGGUGCAUCUCCCCACUCUCGAGAGGCAUUAGACAUCCAAGUGGAAGGUGCUACAACUCGAAGGGCCGGAAAGACAGACAAACCUGUUCCCUCUCACCUGAGUUACUCUCCCCAGCCUAGCUGCCCCCUGCCCUUGCUGUCCUCAAGGGUCCUGUCGCCACAGGAAGUUCCUUGGCUGACGUUGUGAUGACAGGAAAGGGCUUAUCCAAGGUCCCCACCAGGUGGUUCUCUAAAAGGAAAUGUCAAGGCUGAACCCCCUCCCCCCCAAAAAAAGAUCUAGAAUAGAAUGUUUACAUUGAAAGCCAAGGUGAAUGUCCCUCUAAGAGAGGGGCCCGUGGAAAGCUCUGGCUCAGAGCCCAGAGCAUACAAAGAGGAAAACAAAAAACAAAAACUAAGAAAUUAUCAUGGUCAUUUUAUCCCUUGGUAACUUAAACCAUUACACACACAGCAUUUCCUUUCAACCUCGCUGCUUAAGCGACACGGACAUUUUAUAUAUGUUACGUGCAUUCUCAGACUGCUAGCAAACUUGACUUCCCAGGGUACCUUUAAAGGGGUUUGCUUGUUUCAGAAGCCAGUUGUGAUGUUGUAAACCAUAUGAGAUAUAUGAAUGUGAGUGAUAAGUAUAUCAGUUAAAAAAAAUGGUAAAGAAGCAAAGUUAGCUGAUGCUUGUAUUUUUCCAGAAUUCUUCUGUCCUAUGCAGUGCUGCUGAAGUUAAGAAUAUAUUUCUUGCCUGUGUUAGACAUGAAAAGGGAGAGAGAGAGAGAGAGAGAGAGAGAGAGAGAGAGAGAGAGAGAGAGAGAGAACAUGCAUGGUGAUUGCCAGCUGUGGAAUUUAAUAAAGAUAAUCAGUAGUCAAACUCUGAGGGGACAGAGAGGCUCUGAUUAGCAGGUUUUGUGUAAGUUAUGUUUACAGCUAAGAUCUCCUUUCUAUGACUUCUGCAUGGAAGUUCAGACGCUACAAAGAGUGGUCAGAUUGCCCACCACAGCCCUGAUCUCAGAGUUCUUUGUUUGUCACGUAUAGGCAGGGUCCCACCCCACCCCACCCCAGGUCUCCGCCUCUCACUGCUUUAAGGAGCACUGCGUGCUCAGCCAUAGGCAGAAAGCUUUCGACAGCCUAUACCACUUUGUGUUCUCCCUGUGACUCGCACUUUAAACCAUCCCCAGUGCCCCCAUCUGCAACCUGACCACAUCGCUGGUUGCCACAUGGGUACCCAGCGAGGCAGCCUUGCGGCUGGGGCGUUACUGGGACUACACCGGCCUCUUCCUCGUCCUCUCCAUUCCAUUCCGCAUGGGGGGCACGGUUGAUGUUACAGCAUGACAAGCCUCAACGUCUUACUCAUUUUAUUUUUUUUAAAGCUGAGUAGUUAAGAAGUCCCUGUAAUAGCAAAACCCUAUAAAUCGAGCCUUGUAACUGGUAUAUAUUUUACCAAACAGCCUUAAGAUAUAUUUGGAAGCAAAAAUCAUACGAAUGUAUAUCCUUUAAAAAUGCAAAAAAAAAAAAAUAAUAACUCCCGAAAUAUUCUUCUAUCACCAAACCCUAUUUCCCCAGAGUGUUCAAAGCAUUUUCUACCUAAAUAAAUAUGUAAACCCUGAAUAGUGUACAAUAAUGAUGCUUCCUCCUGGACUCAUGCCACCAAGUUACAAACAAGGGUGCUGCUGAAAGCACGGGUACUUCAGACUCCGAAAGCAGCGUAUCCUAGAGGAGCCAUUUAGACGUCAACAGAGGAAAACAGAACCGACGUACAUCCCUUAGCUGAAGGAAAUGUGGAAUGCAAAUGUCCCUGCUGCCCAUACCCAUUAGGACAUCGGCAGUCCUUCCUAUCAUUUCCUCAAACAUACAUGCCAUACACAGAAGCAAAUUGCAACAUUAGACAAUCAUCAUUUGCCAUAAACCCCAAAUUCUAUGGACCCAACUUGAACAAAAGCAUCUACUAGGUUUUGGUUAACUACAUUGUCUACACUCAUUUCUCAUCCAAAUGUGACCCAAAGCCUUGGCCUAAAGACACCCCACCCCCUCCCCCACCCCCACCCCCACCCCGAGUUGAGCAAGUCUUCUUCCCUGAGUUGCAUGGUGGCCCCCUCUUUUGAAGUAGGAAAAAAAAAGUGCCCCAUCUGAUUCACUAGGUUCCAAAGAUAAUUAUUCAAUGGCCGAACAAAUACCUGCUGCUAGUUCUGAUGAAGUGUUAACUGUUUGAAUCCCCUCCCCUUGUAAGUGCAAUACCUUCAGGUCUCAUGCGUGUGACACUGUUGUGGAACAAGAAGAUAAGCCAUGUGUGUACUGCAUCGUCCAGGCAGAGCCAAACAGCUGGUCCCUCCAGCUUCUUUUUAGUUCUAUCGCUUUCAUGAGGUUCGUGGUGUGGAGUUCUCCUGUGGCCCUAGGAUCUCAUCCAAAACAAGAUAGAAGUUAAAAAAACAGAUACAAGACCAGGCUAUAACACAGUGCAGCCCAUGUUACCUAUAACAGCACACCUAUGUCCCUAGAGAUGCCACCAUCCACUGGAGAGACUUGAGUGUCGCCAGUACAGAACCCCUUCCUCACUCCAUCAGGCUGAUCUGGACUCUACUGUGCUGACCUAUGGAAAAUGGUGGGAAAGGACUGAAGGCCCGCUGGGGUGCAGGGCCAGGGGGACAGAUGUGGCUGAGGAAGAGGAGGAUCUUCCAUGUACUUUCCUGAGCAUUGCCAUUUGUUCCUGUUGGGAUUAGUGGGAAGACAGUUGCCACCAGAAUUGAUCGUUCCCAGGUGUUUAGUCACCAGUCCAGAAUGGUGUAGAGAGGAGCCAACUUGUUUUAUACCCAGAAAUUGCCUCGUUGUUGAAAGGAAAAUGCCCACACUUUUCGCUUCAAACUACACCUGAAGACUUCAACUGUUUAGCACAAGUAAAUCCGUAGGGGGAAAAAUACAAAUUAUAACUAAGACUGCCUCAAAACAAAACAAUACACACACACACACACACACACACACACAAAGAGAAGCUGCAAAGUAGAGGCAGUCAUCCAGCUAUGGAAAUGUCCAACUUACGAUUAGACUAAUACCAGUAGUGCACAGGGCAUACAAUGGACCCCGCUUCUUGGGGUGUGUGUUCCAGUUCACCCCAUCUUGAUUUCUGCCUUUUGUUAGCAUAACGAGCAAGCACCCUCACUUAAAUCUGGUGCCUCUGACUGCUCACUACACACCCCAACCUCAGGACCCCAGGAUGAGAGUUCACUGGAAAUACAGUGAGUGACAUUGUAGACACACGGCCCAAGUGCCUGUAGUAGUCUUAGAACUCCCUGCCUUAGAAACAACUGUCUGGUUUGGGCUAAACAUUUUUGUGUGUGUGUUUUCAGAGUCUCACUGUGUGUAGUACAGGCUAGCCUCAAUUGUGCAAUUGCCCUGCCUCUUUCUUCUGGGUGCUGGGAUUACAGACAUGCACUGUCACAUUCAGCCUUGGUCCAGAACUUUUUGGCAGCAGAGAUGGGGUGAAAGGAGAGUGGCGUAGACUGGACUUUGCAGUUGAUUGUGAGAUAAUCAGGAGUGAGCCAGCCUUCCUGUGUUUCUGAUGGGCUGGAAGCCAGUCACCCUCCGGAGAGUAUGAAGGUCAGAUUUCGGCUGCUUUCAUCAUGUUGUCAGUCAUCUUGCUCAGGGUUCUCUGACCACAGCUCCAGGACAGGACGUCCACAUGGACAGAAGCUGACAAAUAAAUAGCUUGUCAGAGAGACUCAGGCUGACACGUCAGCAGGAUUGUGCCUGUUGAUGACAGGAACUCCCUCAGAGGCUGGAGAGGCGGGGGCAGCAAUCCCCUGAGGGGCUGCAUCUUGAAGGAAACUGGCUGUCUGGAGCAAUAAGAAGACACCUAAGCCCCAUGUUCAGCCCACUGGCCUCAGACUUGAAGCCCAGGGCACAGACACACUUCCCCAAGUCACAUGCUUUCCUGCACACUCAUUGCCCAGACAUUUUCUCCUCCAGUCUUGGGCAUCUUUCAUAUUCUUACUGCAAAUUUAACGUAUCACCACCUUCAUGGUUACCGCUAUCAUUUUUUUUUAUAUAGUUUUCAAACUGCAUUCGCUGGACGUUCUGAAGGAGUUCUUAGUUUCACUCACUCACCAUUUAUACUUCUAAGUAGGUUUGGAUCGAACCUGAGCUUCUAAAGCCAGGAAAUGGACUUAAAAGAUCAAGACCAUGAUGGCCUCCAGUUAGCUCUGGCCUCAGCUACCAUGGUGAGGAGUGAACUUUGUGCCACAUCCUGCUGUGAGUUGAGCACACCACAUCAGUGGAAAGCAUCCCUGUGCCUCUGCUCCGUGUACCUCCUGUGAUCAAGGGGAACAAACUGGAGGCGGUGAACUUCCCAGUCAGGCUAAGAGCCUCUACACAGAGUGGCAGCUGGAAGCUAAGAAGAUAUCAAGAAGAAGGCACCAGGAGCCCCGAGGCCCAGCCAAGCUGCCGGAACUGAUGAAUGCAACUGCUAGUAACAUGCCCUGAGUCAGGUUCCUGUUUUCUCUUCCAUGACGUGGCAUUAGUGUUACUGUUCCUACCUCCCUUGAAGGCAGGUGUAAUGUGAGGGUUGGUGACACACCCCCUCUGGCAUCUGUGAGCUUAGAGGUCUAAGACGAAUGUGUAUUGUCUUUUGGGAUCUGUGCCUCGGUGUGCUGUGCCCCCCCACCCCCAUGAAGGAAGCUGGCAGAGAUAGACCAGUACAAGGAGGGAUGUUUGUUUUGGAGUCCUGUUCUGCCUAGGCAGGAGGUCAAAACAAGAGAUACAGAAGGGCACAGAAACAGAACAUAAUAGCCAGGAACUUCUUUUCCUACUGGCCUUGACUUCAGUUUCUAUACUCUUCCAUGAACAAGACUCAACACCACCACCAAGAGCCAGGUGAUGUUUUGGGUUGUUUUGUUUUGUUUUGUUUUGCCAGCUCAGCCCCUCCUAGAUGAACUGGACAGAUGUUAUCAAUAUGGUAAAGUGGUCUGAGAACAAUCCUGGCCGGGAAACAGAGGAAUGCGCAUGUGAAGAGCACAGAUGGACUCAGACCUGCAGCGCAGUCGCUGCAGAGGUGCGGACUUCAUCCCCAGCCCCCUGCUCUGCCAUCAUUGUCCGACCCGCUGCAGAGAUGAGCACACACUCUGAGAAGAAACCUUUCCAUUCUCGCCACGCUGAAAAAAAAAAAAAAAAACACCACUGUGUUAUGAAUUGCUGUCCGAACCCUGGUAUUUUUGAUCCACUGUUAAAAAAAAAAAAAAAUUACCUUGUUUCCGUCUCAACAUCUGACAGGUGACUUCUUUUCGAGAGGACGUGUUAGUUACCUACAAAACUACUACUUUUUGAAAGAUUUUGUAUACACACUAACUAACCAAGGUAACAGCAGUUUACCUCCCGAUUUUCUUAGAUUUUAGGAGACUCUUAAUCAUUGGUGCUCUGAAUCUGAAAGCCUUGGGCUCCAAGACUUCCCAUGUGCGGUACAAGAGAGGCGGUCCUAGAGAAAGGGGUGGUAGGAUUCGUGUACGCAUUUAUCUUCUGAGCAGUGGUCUCCAUGGGGGGACUCUGAUGCACGUCUAUAAGCUCCAGGACAGAAGCCAAGGUUGACUGUGGGACCUUAGGAAGCCACUUGAUAAUGACCCUAGUUCUCCACCCAACUCCAGCCAUCUCAGACACUUAGUCACCUUCAAAGGGCUCCACAAGAAUCGUCACCCUCCCUCCAUUUUCAAUUGGUUUGCUGCAUUCAGGAAGGUGUCCCCUAAUGAGCAGCGAGAAUUGGGCUGCUUAUUUCCCAACAAUAGUCACUUACCUCUGGCCAAGUACCCUUCCAUAGAGACACAACCCUCUGCCCGCCCUCCAUACUGUGUGCCAAAACCCAGGCGUGGCCUAAAGACUGAGUUUAAUGCCUCCUAUAGGGACUCAAUGAAUGCUAGAGCAGGAGACUAUCGAUUUAGUUAAAGGUUAAAAGUAUAUAAAUAAAUAUAUACAUAUAUAAAUAAAUAUACAUAUAAGAUAAUACCCAUGACAAGGAUCAACAGAGUGCCAAAUAUUCAAACUGUACAGAGUUACCCUCACCAGGACUAAACCACUUUAUGUAAGUCUCUUUUUCAUGCCUUUUCGGGUUCUUUUGAUAAACCCUUCUUCCCAGCAUGCCGUAUCCUAUCUGAUGUAUCUCUCAUUGCCAACCGGGUUUCUUCCUUCUCAUCAAUAAUUUGUCAGAAUGACGGUCAUCAUUUUAAGUCAUUUUUAUUUAAAGAUUACUUUUUUAAGUUUUCUUUCCUCUGUGAGGUUUUUUCUUUUUAAUUUUUACUGUUAGGUGACUAUGGAAACACCAUUGUCCAGAAUCUUUUAUGAUAACACCUCUUUCAUUUGAUGUCUGUAUUGCCAAUAUUCACCUCCUGUAAAUAGUUCUGCAAUUAAAUUUUUGGAGAAAAGUAAUAUUUA